AUGCUCUCUACUGAGCAACUCUUCAGCUCCAGCAUCCUAUACAUUAAGGAGUCACUAAAAGCCAGGGUCCACGAAAAAGGUGCAGACAGUAAGCAUGAUCGGGGUGCACAGAAGAGCGGAGCCCAAAACACCACUUCCAACCCCAGUGGACGAGUCCUACAGCGGCAGCCCUGCAGCUCCAAGCGGUUGCCGAGUCCUCACCCGGAACCCGGGCACGGUUGGGCUAUGCUAUUGGCGCGGGUGGGGGACGCACAGCCCAAAAAUGCCCGCGACAAGUUUCUAGGGCAGUUCUCGCCAGUCUCUCUGGAGGGAGCCUCUCUGGUCUGUGCCACUUUGAUCCUGCUGCUCCUUGGCCUCUCCGGCCUGGGCCUUGGCAGCUUCCUCCUCACCCACAGGACUGGCCUGCGCAGCCCUGACAUCCCCCAGGACUGGGUCUCUUUUUUGAGAUCUUUUGGCCAGCUGACCCUGUGUCCCAGGAAUGGGACAGUCACAGGGAAGUGGCGAGGGUCUCACGUCGUGGGCUUACUGACCACCUUGAACUUCGGAGACGGUCCAGACAGGAACAAGACCCGGAUAUUCCAGGCGACGGUCCUGGGUAGUCAGAUGGGAUUGAAAGGAUCUUCUGCAGGACAACUGGUCCUUAUCACAGCCAGGGUGACCACAGAAAGGACUGCAGGAACCUGCCUGUAUUUUAGUGCUGUUCCAGGAAUCCUACCCUCCAGUCAGCCACCCAUAUCCUGCUCAGAGGAGGGGGCUGGAAAUGCCACCCUGAGCCCUAGAAUGGGUGAGGAGUGCGUUAGUGUCUGGAGCCACGAAGGCCUUGUGCUGACCAAGCUGCUGACCUCGGAGGAGCUGGCUCUGUGUGGCUCCAGGCUGCUGGUCUUGGGCUCCUUCCUGCUUCUCUUCUGUGGCCUUCUCUGCUGUGUCACUGCUAUGUGCUUCCACCCGCGCCGGGAGUCCCACUGGUCUAGAACCCGGCUCUGAGGGCACUGGCCUAGUUCCCGACUUGUUUCUCAGGUGUGAAUCAACUUCUUGGGCCUUGGCUCUGAGUUGGAAAAGGUUUUAGAAAAAGCGAAGAGCUGGAAUGUGGGGGAAAAUAAAAAGCUUUUUGCCCA